GGCGGCGGGUGCAGGCGGGAUGCCCGAGAUCAGGGUGACGCCGUUGGGGGCCGGCCAGGAUGUGGGCCGCAGUUGCAUUCUGGUGUCCAUCGCGGGCAAGAACGUCAUGCUGGACUGCGGGAUGCACAUGGGCUACAACGAUGACCGCCGCUUCCCCGACUUUUCCUACAUCACCCGCAACGGCCGCCUCACCGAUUUCUUGGACUGCGUGAUCAUCAGCCACUUCCACCUGGACCACUGUGGGGCGCUGCCCUACUUCAGCGAGAUGGUGGGCUACGACGGGCCCAUCUACAUGACACACCCCACCCAGGCCAUCUGCCCCAUCCUGCUGGAGGACUACCGCAAGAUCGCCGUGGACAAGAAGGGUGAGGCCAACUUCUUCACCUCGCAGAUGAUCAAGGACUGCAUGAAGAAGGUGGUGGCCGUCCACCUGCACCAGACCGUCCAGGUGGACGAGGAGCUGGAGAUCAAGGCCUACUAUGCGGGCCACGUGCUGGGAGCUGCCAUGUUCCAGAUCAAAGUGGGCUCGGAGUCGGUGGUCUACACGGGUGACUACAACAUGACUCCAGACCGGCAUCUGGGAGCUGCCUGGAUCGACAAAUGCCGUCCCAACCUGCUCAUCACAGAGUCCACCUACGCCACUACCAUUCGUGAUUCGAAGCGCUGCCGGGAGCGCGACUUCCUGAAGAAGGUGCACGAGACCGUGGAGCGAGGCGGCAAGGUGCUGAUCCCUGUGUUCGCGCUGGGCCGGGCCCAGGAGCUCUGCAUCCUUCUGGAGACAUUCUGGGAGCGCAUGAACCUGCGGGCCCCCAUCUACUUCUCCACGGGCCUCACCGAGAAGGCCAACCACUACUACAAGCUCUUCAUCACCUGGACCAACCAGAAGAUCCGCAAGACCUUUGUGCAGAGGAACAUGUUUGAGUUCAAGCACAUCAAGGCCUUUGACCGGGCGUUCGCCGACAACCCGGGACCCAUGGUCGUGUUUGCCACCCCAGGGAUGCUGCAUGCGGGCCAGUCCCUCCAGAUCUUCCGCAAGUGGGCAGGGAACGAAAAGAACAUGGUCAUCAUGCCCGGCUACUGCGUGCAGGGCACCGUGGGCCACAAGAUCCUCAGUGGCACACGCAAGCUGGACAUGGAGGGCCGGCAGCUGGAGGUGAAGAUGCAGGUGGAAUACAUGUCCUUCAGCGCCCAUGCCGAUGCCAAGGGUAUCAUGCAGCUAGUGGGCCAGGCCGAGCCCGAGAGCGUGCUGCUGGUGCACGGAGAGGCCAAGAAGAUGGAGUUUCUGAAGCAGAAGAUCGAGCAGGAAUUCCGCGUCAACUGCUACAUGCCAGCCAAUGGAGAGACGGUGACACUGCCCACCAGCCCCAGCAUCCCCGUGGGCGUCUCACUCGGGCUGCUGAAGCGGGAGAUGGCGCAGGGGCUGCUCCCGGAUGCCAAAAAGCCCCGCCUCUUGCACGGCACCCUCAUCAUGAAGGACAGUAACUUCCGGCUCGUGUCCUCAGAACAGGCCCUCAAGGAGCUGGGCCUGGCGGAGCACCAGCUGCGCUUCACCUGCCGCGUGUACCUGCACGAUUCCCGCAAGGAGCAGGAGACAGCUGCCAGGGUCUACAGCUACCUAAAGAGCACCCUCAGGGACCGCUGUGUGCAGCACCUGCCUGACGGUUCUGUGACAGUGGAGUCCAUCCUUGUGCAGGCCGCAGCACACUCGGAGGACCCGGGCACCAAGGUCCUGCUGGUGUCUUGGACGUACCAGGAUGAAGAGCUGGGGAGCUACCUCACUUCGCUGCUCAAGAAGGGCCUGCCCCAGGGCCCCGGCUGAGGCACGCUCUGCACGCCCACACCUGUGUCGGGCGAAGAAACAGACUCAGGGCUGGCUCUUAACACCUUUAUUUUUGUUCCAA